AUAAUGUUGCUGAGGCAGAAUAUGAGACGAGACGCUGUCCUGCCUCCUGUCCCUGCUAGGCUGUGAGAUUAGUCCCUCCACUUACCACUGCCCGCCACUGUUAUUUCACUGCAAUUGUAUAUAACUGUGUAAUGUAGAUACUCUGUGUGCCACCUUGUACUGUAUUACUUUCUGUGCCAGUAAACUAAAGGAAUUGUGCCAAGUGUUUCUUGUUAACCUGCCUCUCUGAGUGAGGCUCCCUGAGUCUGGGGUGAGUACAUACUUGUGCUUCGCUCCCAUUGCUAGCGAAUCUUCGCCUAGAAGUAUCCCUCGUGUCUGUUACCGACCUUUCCUGUGCUCUCUUGGGCUGCCGCUGUGUUAAGUGAGUUCCUGUCGCAGCUGUGGGGUCGGUGGGGCGGCUUAACAGUUGGGAUAAAGUUUGGCUAGCGAGGUUGCCAGGUACUAGUGCACCAUGGCAGAUGCGAGAGGCAGUGAGCUAGGUUGGAAAAGGCUGGAAAACUUGGUCGCUGGGUUGGUACAGGCAAUGAACAAAAUGGCACAGGAAACAAGGGAAAUUAAACAGGAAAUGAGUGCAGUGGUGGUGCAAAUGGACCUGAUGCGAGAGGAGAUGCGAGCAGCAGUCGGGGAAGCAAGACAGUUCACCUUGGAACACAGCAGAAGGCUGCAGUAAGACCUGCCGGAAGAGUUCAAGGAAGAACUGGUGGCAGUGAGACAACAGUGCAAGGGAUGCACUGAAGUUGUCGAGAACAAGGUGGAUGGCCGCCUGUGUCCCUUUGGUGGUGAACACUGGUGCGGUAAAGACCAUCGUCAGGGAAGAAGUAGUGGCAGCUCAAGAUCUCCCUGUGUCAGACCGGUAGCUGUGUGGCGUGACUGACCACUGUAUGACGCUACGAGGCCCCGUGAUGUCAAUGAUCACACUGGGUGGCGUUGAGGAGAUGCUACUAUAUAACCCGGUCUGCUGGGGCUGGAUUUCCUGGUUGAGUGCAGCGUGUGUGGACCUUGGAAGGCUACAGAUGCAGGUACGUGGGGAAAUGGUACCACUGAUUCUUGAGGAUGCUGCUGAACAGGUGGAGAGCCCCGUGACGAGUUCAGAUGUCGAGGACAAGAGGCUGGAACUGCACUGCCAAGUCGUGAGGGAAGGUGAGGUUGCAGACGCCACUGUGACAGCCCGUGGACGCCAGGCAGCGGCAAUUCGCUGCGGUGGCGAGAUGGAUGGAGGUGUGGGUGAGGCAAGCUCCGCGCUACCUCCACACGUGAUGGACUUAGCGGUAUGUAGAUCCACCAAGCUAACUACAAAGCAGGUGGUGAAGUUGGAGAAGCUGCUGAUGGAACACGAAGAUGUCUUCAGCCGAGAUGCCCAAGAUUAUGGUUGUACAUUGCUGGUUUAGCACUCCUUCAACACCGCAGACAGUCCACCGAUAAAGCAGCCACAUCGCCGUGUCCCAAUGGCCAAGAGAGAAGAGAUGUGGCUACCUCUGGACCUGGCCACUGGACGAACACCUGGGGAAGAGCUAUCACAGAUGGCGCCUGAGUUUGUAAUGGCGUUGCAGCAGCGGAUGGAUGACACACGGCGACAGGUGUCGGGCAAUCUUCGCCUCGCGUGGCAAGCCAUGACACUCUUGGUACCAGCUGCGCUAGGGACGCCCAGUAUGCAGUAGGGAACCGUGUCUGGAUGUAUAAUCUCCACAAGAAACAAGUCCUCACUCUGAAGCUGCAGAACUACUGGGAAUGUACUCGUAGGAAGGCCUGUAUACUAUUCUACAACGACUCUCGGCCGUCAUCUACAAGCUGGGCGAUGGCACAAGUAGGCGGUCAUGCAUUGUCCACGUCGACCGCCUGUAGGCUGCUGUGGAGGAAGGCCACUUCACGUGGGGCCAGCAGGGACCACCCUCGUCGCUAGACUGAGAGGUGGUAUUGAGGCUACCAGAUGUGCGAUGACAGGAAGCAGCUUGGUGUCCAGGUGGAUAUUCCAACUGUGAUUGGCUCGUGGAUGAGCCAGUAGGAGUGGAGCAGGGGAUAUAAAAGCUGGUCGCAGCCUUGCUCUGUGGCACAGUAAUUCUAAUACUGUAUUUCUGUAUUUCUAUUCUUUUCUUGUAUACCAACCACCCCCUCAAUGUAAUUUCCCCCCCCUUUCUGAAUAAAAUGUUUAAAAUGUU